UUUCUAUAAAGCCAAAAAAACAAGCCGAGGCUUUUAUAUCCACAAGGUGUUCCACCCCCCUUCCUUUCUCCUGCUGUGUUCAGUCUGCAGAUUUAUUGUCCUCGCCUGCCUUUCCUUCACAGUCAGGAAAGUUAUUCCUGUACAGUUUGAUUGGAGCUCAUUUCUGCAUGCUCCAGACAAGGGAGCUUUUCUGUUUACAGUUGAGGAAGAGGUGGGGGGUUUUCCUUCUCCCCAGUUGUGAGUUACUUGCUAUUUCUUACAGGGUUAAGCUAGAUGGUGCAGACAGCACACACAACAAGCGAGCAGUAAAGGGCCCUGCAGUGAAGUUGGUAUCGGGAGAUCAGAAUUCAGAGGUGCUGUCUGGGUUUCUCUGCUCCCUUCUCACUCGACUCGCUCCGUUUUGUGUUUUUUUUUUUUUGGCCCGGGGCCCAGAAGCGCUUUGCGGACGACCCACCGGCGCUUGACUCCGAGGAGCUCUUCACCGUGCCUCCGGAGCGGAUGUGAAAGAGGCCGCUGCCCCCUCAGGUCCGUGAUGUCCUCCGCCUCGCCCCGGACCGGAACCUGUUUUUUAACCUGCUGAAGACCGCUGGCGGGUCGUCCGUUCACAGCGCUGAGAACUUUCCAGAACCUGGCCCGGCCAGCCUGCUCGUUCUUUUUUUUUUUUGUUUUGUUUUUUUUUUGUCGACCGUGUGGUGCAGCGUGGCGGCGACGCCUGAGCAGCCGGGAGAACUGACAGGCCGCAGCUGUUUUUGGUUUUAGUGAAACCACGGACAAAUGAACAAAUGACAUCAUUUUGUGCUCUUUUGCCGCUUUUGCGAGACUAAUUUGACCAACAAUUUCCAACCAACAAGUGGCUUUUUUCCUGGGCAGUGACUGUAAUUGCAGGCACAUUUGGGCAACAUUUUUUUUGUUUGUUCAUUUGUCGCAACCUUUUUGCUUGGAUCCAAACUCAGAGACUGAAAUUUUGGGGCGACUGCACUAUGGCCUUGGACUCCCCAGACCCUGCAGAUUGCAAUGGACCCUGCAAAAAGCCCACGGGUUCUCCAUCCCUCCCCACGAUCCUGCACGCCAACUUCUUCCUCUCCAUAAACGUCAUCAACGUGGUGGAGAAAUGCAUGAGCUCCAUGCAGACCGGGACUCAGAUGGUGAAGCUGAGAGGAGGCUCCAAGGGCCUGGUGCGCUUCUACUACCUGGACGAGCACAAGUCCUGCAUCCGCUGGCGACCCUCCAGGAAGAACGAGAGGGCCAAGAUUUCCAUCGACUCCAUCCGGGAGGUGUGCGAGGGCAAGCAGUCGGAGAUCUUCCAGCGCUACUCCGACGGCAGCUUCGACCCCAACUGCUGCUUCAGCAUCUACUACGGCGAGCACAUGGAGUCGCUGGACCUGGUCUCCACCAGCGGGGAGGAGGCCCGCACCUGGAUCACCGGCCUCAAGUACCUCGUGGCCGGCAUCAGCGACGAGGACAGCCUGGCCAAGCGGCAGCGCACCCGCGACCAGUGGCUCAAGCAGACGUUUGCGGAGGCGGACAAAAACGGCGACGGCAGCCUGAGCAUCAGCGAAGUCCUGCAGCUGCUCCACAAGCUCAACGUGAACCUGCCCAGGCAGAAGGUCAAGCAGAUGUUCAAGGAGGCGGAUACUGAUGAAAACCAAGGCACACUGGGGUUCGAGGAGUUCUGCACUUUCUACAAGAUGAUGUCCACGCGCCGGGACCUCUAUCUGCUCAUGCUGACAUACAGCAACCACAAGGACCACAUGGACACGGACAACCUGAUCCGCUUCCUGGAGGUUGAGCAGAAGAUGACGAAUGUGACGAAAGAGCACUGCCUGGAGAUCGUGAGCAAGUUCGAGCCCUGCCCCGAGAACCAGCAGCAGGGGGUGCUGGGCAUCGACGGCUUCACCAACUACAUGCGCAGUCCCUCGGGGGACAUCUUUAACCCGGAGCACUACGAGGUGACGCAGGACAUGACCCAGCCCCUCUGCAACUACUUCAUCGCCUCGUCCCACAACACCUACCUGAUGGGGGACCAGCUCAUGUCCCAGUCCCGGGUGGACAUGUACGCCUGGGUGCUGCAGGCAGGGUGUCGCUGUGUGGAAGUGGACUGCUGGGACGGCCAGGAUGGAGAGCCCAUCGUUCACCAUGGCUACACCCUGACCUCCAAAAUCCUCUUCAAAGACGUCAUCGAAACCAUCAACAAAUACGCAUUUGUGAAAAACCCGUACCCGGUGAUCCUGUCCAUUGAGAAUCACUGCAGCGUGCCCCAGCAGAAGAAGAUGGCCCAGUAUCUGAUGGAGGUGCUGGGUGACAAGCUCGACCUGUCCACGGUCAACAUGGACGAGUCCGGUCUCCUGCCCUCCCCCGAGGGCCUGAAAGGGAAGAUCCUGGUCAAGGGGAAGAAGCUUCCGUCCAACAUAGACGAGGACGCGGAAGAGGGAGACGUGUCGGACGAGGACAGCGCGGACGAAAUGGAGGACGACUGCAAGCUGAUGAACGGAGAUUGGAAGACGUCCAUGAACAGAAAGCAGGUGGAGAAUGUGGCCAAGAAGAAGCUGGACUCUCUGAUGAAGGAGUCCAAAAUCCGGGACCGGGAAGACCCAGAUAGCUUCACCAUCGCUGCCCUGCCCCCGUCCGGGAAGCUGCAUGACCCCACCCUCAAGCCGAAGGGCAGCCCGCUGGCGGGAGAGAGGUCUUCGGGCAAAAGUGAGGACGGCACAGACACCGCUGAUGAGGCCAACCCCAACACUAACAAGCGCGUGGGCAGGUCCUUCAUGGGCAGCUUCUCCAAACGCAAGAAAAAGACGGCCAAGCUGAAGAAGACGUCCAGCCUGGAGGACACGGACACGGACCAGGAGAGCUCCAGCAGCGCCUCCAAAGCUCCUCUCCAUCACAGCAGGAAAAAGAAGACCAUGAAGCUCUCCCGGGCCCUUUCCGACCUUGUCAAGUACACCAAGUCCGUCGGCGUGCACGACAUCGAAGCACAAGCGAGUGCCUGCAGCUGGCAGGUCUCGUCCUUCAGCGAGACCAAGGCCCACCAGACCAUGCAGCAGAAGCCGGCCCAGUUCAUCCACUUCAACCAGCGGCAGCUCUCCCGCAUUUACCCCUCCUCCUACCGCGUGGACUCCAGCAACUUCAACCCCCAGCCCUUCUGGAACUCCGGCUGCCACCUGGUUGCGUUGAACUACCAGUCGGAGGGGCGCGUGCUGCAGCUGAACAGAGCCAAGUUCUACAGCAACGGGAACUGUGGGUACAUCCUGAAACCCCCCUGCAUGUGUGAAGGUGCCUUUAACCCCAUGCUGGACGACCCGCUACCAAAUCGACUGAAGAAGCAGCUGGUGCUGAAGAUCAUCAGCGGUCAGCAGCUGCCCAAGCCUAAAGACUCCAUGCUGGGGGACAGAGGAGAGAUCAUCGACCCCUUCGUGGAGGUGGAGAUCAUCGGCCUGCCCGUGGACUGCUGCAAGGAGCAGACGAGGGUGGUGGACGACAACGGCUUUAACCCCAUGUGGGAGGAGACCCUGGUCUUCACCCUCCACAUGCCGGAGAUCGCCCUGGUCCGCUUCCUGGUGUGGGACCACGACCCCAUCGGGCAGGACUUCAUCGGACAGAGGUCCAUCGCCUUCACCAGCAUGAUGCCAGGUUACCGGCACGUGUAUUUGGAAGGUAUGGAGGAGGCUUCCAUCUUUGUUCAUGUAGCCGUGAAUGAAAUCAGUGGUAAGGUCAGGCCAGUCAGCGGUAUAAAAGGACUGUUUCACAGAAACCCAAAGCAAGCUUCCCUGGACAGCCAUGCUGCUGCGCAUCUCGCUCGUAAGCCCACCUUCGGGGCUCACCUCCUGCGCAGGACGGCCAGCGCCCCCACCAAGGGCCAGCCCAAAGUCAAGAAGGGCUUCCCAGAGAUCUCCAUCGACACCAAAGACUAUAGCUCAGAGGGCGCCAGCGAGGACAGGGAGUCGGAGGACGCCUCUCGACCCCGAUUCGACAGCGAGGGGGACAGAGCCGCGCCCCACCGACGGGACGGCACCAACGGGGAGCUGCACCCCGGCAGCGACAAAGACGACCCCACAUCAGUCACUCCACCGCAACCCCUGGAAACCAUUGCUGAGGAAUCUGAGGAGAGGAACCCGUCCCGCACCACAUCCGUCUCCGGCCCCCCAGACCCCCUCCAUCCGACACCCCCCGCAGCAAUAACCCCCACCCCUCCACCCCCCGCCCCGCACCACGGAGAGAGAGGCCCGCAGAACGAGGGCGAGGAGGUCAGCCCCUGCCCUCCUGCAGACUCCGCCCCCUCCGGCACCGCGAACGCCGUCCUCGACGAGAGCAGCGCCGGCAGAGCGGUCGAUGAAGAGCCCGGUUCCCACGGCAACACCGAGCCCCGCUCGCCCACCCCUGACCUCACCCCGAGGCCCCGCACCCCCCCUCUGAACCAGGACGGCCAGGGCCAGGGAGCGCCGGGUGGCAAUGCAUCCUCCGACGAGGAGGGAUCUGUGAUUGGUCGGGAGGCCGGCGAGGCUCCUCCCCCUCCUGUGGAGAGCUCUUCUCAGAGAGGGCAGGCCGUGAGAGCUCUGCGCAGCAAAGAGCUGGCCUCGGGCACGCCGGGCAGCCCCCGCGCCCCCGUCAGGCGGACCAAAAGCGAGGGGCACGUCAGGGCGGCGUGCUCGGCGGGCGGGCAGUGGGCCGUCCCGGAGGUGUGCACCGACGCCACCGCCAACGACCGGCUGUGGAGCCGGCUGGACGCGAGCAGCCAGCGCGACAGCGUGUCCUCGUCCUCCAGCCUGUCCUCCAACGACACCGUCAUCGACCUGUCCCUGCCCAACCUCGCCCGCAAGAGCCUGCCCUGCCUCAACGGCGCCUGCCGCGAGCCCGAGGAGGGCGAGGCCGGCCGGCCGCGGGCCGCCGCCGCCCCGCGCGUCACCAAGAGCAAGUCCAACCCCAACCUGCGCGGCGCGGGGGGGGACGCGGGCGAGCUGGCGGACGAGCUGCAGCCGCGGCCCCUGGCCAAGGAGCCCCGGGACGCCGGCCGGCUCAUGCAGCGCCGCCACACCUGGAGCCGCCUCUACAUGGAGGGCCUCCGGCAGGCCUCGUCCACGGCCAGGAAGCCCGCCGCGUCCGCCGCCGCCGCCGCCGGCAACAACGCCGACGCCAGCGGCAAGUCCAAGAGCCUGGGCGACCUGACCUCGGACGACUUCGCCUGCAACUUCGACAGCAAGUACCGCAGCAUCAGCCGAAGCUUCAUCAGCCGCCCCUCCCGGGACCCGCGCCGGCCCCGCCCCCGCGCCCAGGACGACCUGCAGGAGCAGCUGCGGCGCCUGACGGACGUGGAGCCCCUGUCGGCCAGCGACUUCGCCCGGAAGGCGGAGCCCGAGGAGGAGGAGGAGGAGGAGGCGGUGCCCCUGAGGAGGUCCUCCUCGCGCAGCCAGAGCAGGGUGCGCUACAUCGCCAACAGGGCCAAGCAGGCGCAGGAGCGGCAGCGGCUCCAGGGCCUGGCCCGGCACGGCGGCAGUCCCAUCGAGGAGAGGGGGAACCCCGAGGGGGCCUGCUCCGUGGCCCGGAGCCCCUGCGCCAGCCUGGACCUCCUGAGCCAGCUGCCCGCGGCGCCGCCCGCGCAGAGCGCCAGCGGCGCGGACGACGAGGUCUUCUUCACGCUCAAACUCUGAGAGGACGCAAAGCCCCCCCCCCCCCCGCGCUUCACCCUCAC